AUGGCGGACGCGGCCGUGAGGUGCCUCCGGGACGGACGCCUCGACGGGGAGCACGCGCCGGCGCUGGCCGUGCAGGGCUCCCUCCAGUGCUGCCCGCUCGCCGCGCGCGCCAUGCUCCACCUCGCGGCCGCCGUCGCCUCCAACGCGGCCGCCGGGAAGGCGCAGGCCAGGGGACUUGUGGUUGUGGCGUUUGACCGGAGCCCGGAAGUUUACCUGGAUUUCAUGCGGCGGAGCGGCCUGGAUUCAAACGCUUUGGGUCGAUGUGUUCGGAUAUUGGAUUGCUAUUCAGACCCGCUUGGUUGGAAGCAGAUUAUUCGAAGCCAGUCGCACCAAGAGGACAGUGGAACACCUUGCUCAACAAACGAAGGCAACAUCACAAUUUUCAGAAGCGUGAACGAUGUUGAUAAGUUGCUGUGCUCCAUGAUUGAUCUUGGAAGAGGAUUUGAAGGAGAGGGCAAGACCUAUUUUUCCGUUGCUGUCGAUUCAAUAAGCUCUAUGUUAAGGCAUGCUUCAGUGCAAUCAAUUUCAGCCCUUCUUAGUAAUCUUCGAAGCCAUGAUCAGAUAUCAUCAAUCCUCUGGUUAAUCCAUUCAGACCUCCACGAACCCAAGUUUUCCCGAGCUUUUGAAUGUCUUUCUACCAUAGUUGCUUGUGUAGAGCCAGAAGGUGUCGAUUCGGUAUUUGGAGAAGAGCAUAUGGGGAACAUAUCUUUCCUUGAGCAUAACUAUUCUAGAGCAAAGUUCAAUGUGCGCCUGAAACGAAGGAAUGGGCGAGUAAAACAUCUGUAUGAAGAGUUACAUGUGGAGGGGUAUGAUGUAAAAUUUCUUUCUUCUUCUUUAAGUAUGCAAGUGAACCAGAGUCUGCUGCCUAAGGUCCAGUUCAAUCUUGAGCUGUCAGAUAAGGAACGAAGUGACAGGGCAAAUGUUGUUCUUCCCUUCGAACAUCAAGGAAAAGGCGAGCCUAUCCGUAUAUAUGAUGGGCGGCGAUCUCUCCUAGAGGCUCAGCAAGAUUCAGACUUAACUAAAACAGCUCUCCUAGAUGAAACAAAAGCUCCUAAAUCUGCAACCGCAAAAGGUGAAAUUCAUUACAUUCGCGAUUCUGAUGAUGAGCGACCUGACUCGGAUGAAGACCCAGAUGAUGAUUUGGAUAUUUAGCCACAAUAUGAGCUCAGAUUAGCUUAGUUGGCUAUCAAAUUGAAGGUGCAUUAGGUGUUCGCAAAAAAAGACUAGAGAUCCGAUUGACCCGAUCUAGCAUUAAGAGAAACAAAGCUGGGAAAGCCGAGCGUAAUGUUCGUACCAGGAGGUGAUUCACUUUACUUGAGUGCAAACUUGUGAUUGAUCGAUUUAAGCAUCUGUAUCUUUGUCAGCAUCGGAGGGAAACCUUUGUCCAAGGGUUUAUUUGAAUGCUGAAGAAUAGAUCUGUUAGAAAGAAUUUGUCACCUCGGUUUUUUACCUUUUGGUGACGUGAUGGCUAGUGUGGCACCAUAACUGAAAUGGGUUCAUGACAAGAGGACUUGAUGAUUGAAGCGUAUACAACAGUGUGUAAUUUCGUAUAUGUUGACUGAUGAAUCAAUAACAGUCUGAUGAGUAAACAAACUGUCGACCGGAUUUUGUAGCUUCUGGUGACGUGAAUGUGCGAUGGCUAGUGUGGCAUAACGGCUGAAAUGUGUUAUAAGGUAUAAAAUGGUGUGUAAUUGCGUGUAUGUUGGCUCGAUGCUUCAUAUGUAGAUUAAUAAACACAGGAAAAUUUUGUGCCAUAA